AUGAAUAGCGGCUGGAAAUUCAAGCUGGUGUCACUCGUUACGACACUGGCCUGCCAAAUUGUUCCUGUCUCUGCCGGAAUCAACUAUCAUCACCUCCAAGAGAGAGGAGUAGCACCCACUACCACUACGGCCCCUCGGACUACAACUUCACCAUGCCCAACUGUAUGUCUAGAUUUCAUGACAAACAGUUGUGGAGGACUUUGGGGAACAUGUGUACCACAUUGCCCUGGAAAGCCCUUUCCUAACCCGACUCCACCGCCAUGUACUUCAACUCGAAGAACACUUUCCCCACCAAAUACAAAUUGCAAUCUUAUAUGCGUAGACAAUUUUACACCUGACAGCUGUGGCAACGCCGGGGGCACAUGUUUUCCACAUUGCCCCGGUCAACCUAUAACUGAACCACCCCUACCGUCAUGUACUUCAACUCCUGCUACAACUUCAAGUUGCCCUACCUUAUGUCUGGAUUUCAUGACAAAUAGUUGCGGAGGUCUAUGGGGAACUUGUUUACAACAUUGCCCUGGACAACCGUUUCCUAACCCGACUCCCCCACCAUGUACCACUUCUUCACGAGCUACCGUUACUACAACAUCGAAGACGACCUCCACAACUUCAAAGCCAAAUUGUUCAGCCGUCGCAAGAGGCGAAACGCCAUACUACUUAGAUCAAUUUAAACAUCAAGGUCUAUGGCACUUAAACUCCUCCUACCCCGUAUACAGAAAUGUAAAGUGCUGGGGCGCCAAAGGCGACGGUGUAACAGAUGACACAGAAGCCAUCAUCAGAGCUUUAUCCGAAGGAAAAACUUGCAAAGGCUCUAACUGCCAAAACUCCUAUAUUCCUCCUUCUCUGAUAUAUUUUCCCAAGGGUGAUUAUAUCAUCAGCAAAACUCUACCUAUAUACCGUAAUACUCAAAUUCUUGGAAAUCGAAGACAAAGGCCUAUUAUCAGAGCUAACGGGAGGAAUUUCGCUGGUUCGGCAAUUCUCGAGACGAAAGUGAAAGAGAACAUUGGCGCUGGGGCUGGAGAUUUCAUAACACUCAAAUCCCUUAUCCUCAUUGGUGGGACGGUCCCUCCUGAACGGGAUUUCGCUGGAAUAAGAUGGAAUGCCGGAUAUGCUAGUGGUCUCUACGAAUUAGAGACCUUAAUGAGUUCUGUAAAAGGCACUAAGCAUCGUGGUAUAGUGGUCUCAAAUACCCCCCAUAUCUGGAUGUCAGAUGUCUCCACGAACUGGGGCGAGAUAGGUAUCGACCUAUCAGUCCAAUCCGGAACCCUCAGGGAUGUUGCAAUUCUUGAGAGUGGGAGCAUCGGCAUCAGAAUAACUUCAUCCUACUCUCUGACCCUCAAAAACCUCUUUAUCUACAACACUCCAAUCGGAAUCGACGCCUCGAAGACAAACCCUGGCCCCCCGGUCUCCCAAGCCGUCAAUUCCCUUGUCGUAUUAGAAGGUGAAAUCAUCUCCGCCAAAGUCUUCAUAAAAACCGCGAGGGGCGGAAGUUCAACAUACCCCAAUGGCGCAGGUUCAAUAGUUAUAGAACGCUUCACUGUUGCCUCCGGUAUCACCGUUGUUCAGAGGGACAAUGGAGUAAACAUCUACAACCCUUCCCCUGUAAACACCUACCGAUUCAUAACUUUAUGGGCCCAAGGUCGAAGAUAUACACCACCAACCUACGAAGUCGCAACGAUGCAAAACCCAAUAACGAACCCCAAAUCCUCCCAACCCAGAUUACGAGUCGGACAGGAAAAAGGAGUCUAUUAUCCCAAAAAUCAACCAUCCCCAGCUUAUGAAGCCUUCAAACCCAACGACUUUAUCAGCCUAAGGUCCCAAGGUAUCAAAGGCGACGGAAUCUCAGACGAUACUGCUAAAAUCCAACGAGCGUUCAACUUGGCAGCAUCAACUAACCGUCCCAUUUUCGUCGACUAUGGUAUCUACAUCGUUACCAGGACUCUAUUAAUCCACCCAGGAACCCGAAUCGUCGGUGAAGUCUGGCCCAAAUUCCUAGCCGCGGGCUCUUACUUCAGCAACGUCAAAAACCCACAUCCAGUCUUGCAAAUCGGGAAACCCGGCCAAACCGGUCGUGUAGAAAUCCAAGAUAUCCUAGUUACAGCCAAAUCCGGUUCAGCAGGUGCAAUAUCCUUCCAAUGGAACCUCAAAGGUCCCGACCUUUCUAACGACGUCGGAGGGAUGUGGAGUUCUCAUUCCGUCAUUGGCGCACAACCCUUCAGCGGUCUCGAAGCUGCUCAAUGCAGCCACGGCGCCAGACCUUUGAGUAAAUGUACCGGCGGAUUCAUGCAUCUACAUAUAACCCGCCACGCUUCUAAUAUCUACCUCGAAAACAACUAUUACGCCGCAGCAGCUUACCAAUCCAUCCAACCGUCCCCAUCCGGACCUCUAGACGUCUACGUAGGUCGCGGGGUCCUCAUAGACAGCAGUCCCGGCAGUAUCUGGCUGUACUCAAUCGCAUCUCAAAACAGCGUAUUAUACCAAUAUCAAAUCCAAAACUCAGCCGAUAUUUUCGCUUCAAGUUUAGAAUCCACAAACCCUUCUUUCCAACCAAACCCCAUGGCACCGACACCGUUCGGCGUCAUCAACACCACGUUAUCAGAUCCAAACUUCGCUACGAUAUGUAAAUCCCACACUGGCGCCGCAUACGCCAAAUGCGCUAAAGCGUUCGGGUUGAGGAUUAUCAACUCGGAUAACGUGGUAAUAUAUUCUACGUCUUUAUUAAGCGGACAAAAUAACUUUGCUCCUAAUUGUCCCGGUGGACACUUUAAUUGUCAGUUGGCUAUGGUUAGUGUUGAGAAACAGGCUAGGAGUCCUGUUAAUAAGCUUGUGAGUAUACAUGGGUUUACGGUCAGAGGGGCGAGGUAUGCGCUUUUGAUGGAUGGGAAGAUUAUUAUUGAUUCGCAGAAGAAUGCGGGGACGUCGUUGGCGUUGCCUGUGGUUGCUUGGUUCCUUGUUGGUGGAGGGUUGCCGUCUUAG